AUGUUCAAGAAUCUACCCACUUUCAAAUCACUCCCUCAAGCGAUAGGUCUCCCUUUUCUAUCCACCCAGGAGGAUGCACAGCUGAAAUUCAAAUCAUCACCUGGAGGUAUCAAGAGGCUGUACAGCGACGAGGUCAUCCCCUCAUCGGAUGUACUGUAUUGGUCUCAGUAUUACAGCUUGUUCAAUUCAUCUGCAGAUGUCUAUUCGUUGAUAUCCGUACAAGAUGUUCGUCAAACACUUACAAACCAGCCUACCAAUCUCUCCACCCUGAUACUCACUCUGUCCCAUCACCUAUUCACUCUCCUACCUUCACCUGAUUUCCCUCAUUCUCCCUCUCCGCAGCAGGACCUAUCGAAAGAAGCCUUAAAUUGCCUAAGGGUAUUGGGAAGAUUAUUAGUGGUUAUAUACGAGUACGAAGCAGACCUGAAAGAAAAGGUUGAUCACGGUAUCAUCCCUCAGAAUGAAGUGGAUGAACAGAGUUUCGCGAAGAAGUGGUUAUACAGUAGAUCAUUGAUUGAGAAACGUCAGGAUGGAGAAGAAGACGGGCCGAUCAAACAGAAUGAAGAAGAGAAUGAUCAAUUCAAGAUUGAAGAUUCCGAUUCAGAAGCUGAAGAAGAUCAAGAUGAUGAAGAUGAAGGUGUAAGGGCAUUCAAAGCUACUGUCGGACAUCCUGCUCCGGCCCCUUCAAUUUCCACAACGAAGAAAGAAGAAGGUAUUACGGAUGAUCCUCUCACACAAUCGCAGACGGAUGAAGCACAAAAAGAAGCAGAGGAAGAGAAAGAAUAUAUGCCUUGUUUGAUAGAGAGAUUAUUCAGCUGCACAAUCGACUUACUCUUCUGCGCCGGGUUCACUGUGCCUGAUAGUGUGAGAGGUCCUAAUGUUACUGAGAAGAUUAACUAUGUGAUCUGGGAGAAAGGAGUGGGAAGCACGGUCAAUGUAGGAAGUACAGCCGAAUUGGAUAGGAAUAAGACUGAAGUCCUUCGUUUCCUCCUAAUCCUUCUCUCGACGACGAUCUACACCCCACCCCACGCAUUAUUCACCACCCCAAACUUACCUUUGGAAAUCCUCACUCAUUCUUUGGAACGACGACUUGUCUUGUCAUUGCUAUGUUCAUUCCUGAACACCUCACUCACGCCUCUCAAAGCAUCAUUCGGUAUUAGUGGUCAGAUACCGUAUAAUCACCUGAUCUCCAAGGCAGCAGAAGAAAGAAGAACUUUAGUCAGAGCUUCUUUGAUGGUCUUACUCGUCGCUCUGGAUCAUCGCGUAGAGAAUCAGACAUCCACUGGAUCGGUGAUGGGUGAAGGUAAAGAGGAGAAUGCGUUUAGGUAUUUCAUAUCGAAACUUCACCGUAAAGAAGACUUCUCUUUCCUCCUGGAUGGUAUUAUCGGUAUUUUGCAGGAACAUAAUGCGGUGACUAAUGGAUAUUUACCUGGAAGUAAACGACCUAUACCGUAUAUCUUGGAAACAUAUAUACUGCUCUGGCGUUUGGUAGAUUUGAACAAACGAUUCCGUCAAUAUCUUCUCGACUCUGGAAAAGCACUCGACGUGGUAUGCUAUAUAUUGGUCACAAGCUUAGAUUUAAAGGAUGAUCCAGCUCAUCACGGUCUCCUUCGACUACUCUCAUACCUCCUUCAAACUCUUUCUGCCGAUAAAGCAUUUGCAGUCUCGCUUAAUCAGACUAUAAGAAUGGCCAUACCUUCCAAAUGGGCAGUAGCAGGUACAGCGGCCGAUUUCUUAAUCGUUUCGAUUUACUCUAUCGCAACUACUCCUGGACUCAACCCCCUAUUCCCAGCUUUGACCAUUAGCAUAUCCAACAUCGCUCCUUACCUUGUCAAUAUCGGUGUACAAGCUUCGACGAGGUUAUUACAGCUCUUCAAGGCUUUCUCGGCACCCAAUUUCCUGCUGGCCGAUGAGGGUCAUCCACGAUUGGUAUAUUACCUCCUUGAGACUUUCAAUUCCAUUUUGUACUUCCAACUCAACGAGAACCCCAAUCUCGUAUAUGCAAUCUUACGAUCUCAUCAAGAUUUCCAGACUCUCGCCACCUUCACUCUGGUAUCUGGUUUGAGGGAUAUACAGAGACGUAAAGCGCUGAGGGCAGCUGCCGCGGAAAGAAAUGCGAAUGCUAGAGGAGGAUUGAAUCGUACACCUUCCGAAACCGACAUGCUCGCUGAAAAAGCAGCUUUACUUGGACGUGAUCCAGAAGGUGAUCAUGAUAACGAGAAUGGCGAACGAGAUCUAUCUUCCCCAUCAUCCCAGCGAAGAGUCCUUUCUCCCCCUCCGACUAUACCCGAGGAAAUACCUUCGUUGACACAACCGCUUACUACCCCUGGGCCAAAUGAGGUAUCUGAUCCAUUGGCUCAACCACCCUCUCCACCGGUAUCGGACUUACCUUCCCCACCACCCUCUACGCAAAACGGUCUGAGUGAGAAGCAGAGAGGGAAACUACGAUCCGUAGAUAAUGAUCAAUCUCCCACCGAUGGAUCAAAUGGACGAGCCCAACCUGAGAUACCGGAUGAAGAAUUGAUGAGAGUCGCUCAGGCUGGUGUGGGCCCGAAUGGAUAUGUACCUACUCAAGAAUGGGUAUCGAGCUGGCAAAAAGGCCUUCCCCUCGAUCCAGUGCUCGUAGCUAUUUCAGAGCUCUUACCGAAGAUCCAAGAGAACCAACAAUUGACUGGAGCACCUUCAUCCAAAGUAUUCAACAUACUAAAGGGUGUAUCUCUAUCAGAGGUGCUACCGCCUUCACCACCUAUCGUACCUAGACGAUUCCAGUGGUCAUCCGCCUCUUGCGUAUGGUUGACUUCCCUUCUCUGGGGGGAUAUCUACGUUGCUGGUCUGACUUCCGAUGGGGUUUGGAGGGACACGACAGUGAGAUUGUUCGGCGUCAAACAGGCUCCUGUGAAAGGCAGGAGCGCGCAGGUUGGAAGGUUCUUGAAGACUAUUGGGGUGGUGUGA